AGCGCGAGCCGCGCUGUCGCCCUGGCAACGCGCCGGCCGCAAACCACUCCCGGAGCCCGAGACCACCCGGGCAGCACCACUGAGGCGCUUUACUACACCUCCCUCCCUUCCCCCGCCCCCCUUUCCCCGCGAUGGAACAGCCUGGCCUCGCCGCCCCCGCGCCGCGGGGCUGACCGUACCACUUUGGGACGGGGGGCGGAGGGGGAAGCUCGCGUGGGCGGCGGGCGUUCGCGCGUCGCCGAGACAGCGAGACGCCGGCUAGGGGAAAACAAGACGUGGGGCACUCCCGGAACGCUCUUUUCUUCCUUUCUCUCCUUCGCGUGGCGUAACGGUAUCCUUCUCCCAAGGCCGCAUUCACUCCAUCGACAUAUUUGAGCUUGCUCUGGAAGCCCCCACACCAAGAGCCAAAGCAGCUCAUCUUGUUGUGUCACCACUUCUCAUCCUGCAGCUCUACCCGGAUCAAUGAGCAAUGCCUCUCUUCGGGAGCACCUUCAGCCCCAAGAAGACCCCACCAAGGAAAUGUGCCUCUUUCUCCAACCUGCAGCUGCUGGAUAGAUCGACCCGUGAGAUAGAGCUGGGCCUGGAGUAUGGCACCCCCACCAUGAACCUCGCCGGCCAGAGCCUCAAGUUCGAAAAUGGACAGUGGGUGGCAGACUCAGGAAGCUUCACAGGGGAUCGCAGGGAAAUGCAGCGAUUGCGCAAACGAAACCAGCAGCUGGAGGAAGAAAACAACCUCCUUCGGCUGAAAGUUGAUGUUUUGCUCGAUAUGCUUUCUGAGACCACAGCUGCGUCCCGCCUUAUGGAGAAGGAGCUGGAGGAACUGAAGAGCCACAGCCGAAGGAGGAAGAAGUGAAGAAGCAGCAGUUGCAGGAGGCUGGGGCGUCGAGGAGGCUGGCUCUGUCUCAGCCACCCCAGCACACAGGCAGAUGCCGGGCCGGCUAGGGCCUUCUGGCCAUGUUGGUACUCUGUGUACGUACUUCGUUCCAUGGUACUGUGAUCAUGAGGUACCUCCUGUGUGGCGUGCUGUAGGUACUGUGUGAUGGCUGGUUUGGCAUCUCACACGCUUCCUUAACGCACACGGAGCACUUCCCCUAGGUGGGUUCCCUCACUGCAGCCCAGGAGUCUGUACCCUGAGAGUGGACGAUGGAGAGAUACACCUCCAGCUAAGCCACCCCUGCUUUCUGUGCUUGAAAAAGCAGAGAGACCCUUCCUCCCCAAACCUGUCCCCUUAGGGAAGUCCCGGGGGGAGCUUUGGUGAACGGGGUGCUAGGGUUGUUUGUGCUCGAAGGUCCUGCAAGCUUUACAUAAAGCGUUUACAUUUUAAACCAGAUCUAUUUUUUUUUUAUCAUCAUCAUUAAUUAUCACAUAAACAUUAAAUUACAGAAUCAUAGAACGGUUUGAGCUGGAAUGGACCUUAAAGAUCAUCCAGUUCCAAACCCCCUGCCAUGGGCAGGGACGCCUGCUGGGUCAGAUUGCUCAAAGCCUCGUCCAACCUGACCUUGGACACCUCCAGGAAUGAGGCAUCCACAGCUUCCCUGGGCAACCUGUGCCAGUGCCUCACUACCCCCAUUGUUAAGAAUUUCUUCCUAUUGUCUAAUAUAAAUCUUUCCCUUUCCAAUUUAUAUCUGUUCUGCCUUGUCCCAUCACUACACACCCUUGUAAAAAGCCCCUCCCCAGCUUUCCUGUAGCCCCUUCAGGUACUGUAAGGUCGCUAUAGGGUCUGCGUGGAACCUUCUCUUCUCCUGGCUGAAGAAGCCUAACUCUCUCUGCCUGUCCUCACAGCAGAGGAGCUUCAGCCCUCUGAUCAUCUUUGUGGCUUCCUCUGGACCCAUUCCAACAGUUCCAUAUCCUUCUUAUGCUGAGGAUUCCUGAACGGGACUCCAGGCGGGCUCUCACGAGAGCUUCACUUGUGUGAUGUUUAGUGACUUGCGUCUGCCACAGCUCACCAAGGGGAAGUCAUGCUAAUUGUGUCAGCAAAAGUUAGUAAUUUAACAGCGCUGGAAUCUUCUUGCCGAGGGGCCAUUGGUAAACUGUUAGAUGGUCUUCUCUAAGAGAUGAACAUCUAGUAGAAUUUGUAAUGAAGAAUUAUGGAAUUUAACAUAUGUGAUAUCCCAAGACAACUUUAAGUCUGUUAGUUACUCUGUCUUUCCAGAUUUUCUCCCAAUUUACCAUCCAGAAGCAGGAUUGGUUUGAAACUAUGAAUCGUCUGUCAAGCUAUUAAGUUUCAGUACCAUGAACUUUGUCACCUGAGGGCUGCUCCUAACACAGCUUCCUUCCUGCGAAGGAAAGAUGAUAUAUCAUAUCAUGUCAUAUAUCUUUGCAAUGCGCAGCUCUCCUCUCCCUUUCCUCAAACAAAUCCCGCUAGUCGAAGCAUGAGCAAGGACCCUAUUGAUACCGAAAAUGCUUGCAAAUAAACUCUCUAAGAGUUGCUUUGGAGUUUUAGAAAGCGAGCAUCCUUUAUCAGGGCUGGGCAACACAAGGGAGCGAUCUCCAUCAAUUGUGUGCAGCCAGACAAGAGCUGGGACAGAACAGAUUUCCCACUCGUGCAUGUGUAUAAAUUUUCCCUGAAAUCUUAUGCAUAUUCCGUUACUUUACAAGGGUUGAUUUUAAUGUUAUUAUGAACUUCACAAUGGCCAAAUCUCUUGCUGAUUUGGAGCUGGCUCCAGCUCUGCCUGACCUUGCCUGUGAGAUGGGGAGAGGCUGCAAACAGAGGGGAUCACAGACACAAACAGGGGUGAUGACAGACACCUCUAUUCACAGAUUACACUGACACAAGACGUUCCCAUCACCAGAGAAUGAAUUGGUGUCUGGAAAACCUGCCAGAAGCCGACGUU